AUGUACAUAGUACGAUCCGCCGGUUCCUCCGCCGCCCCCAGACCAGACCAGACAAGACUGAACCACCGCCCGCCAGAGACAGUGAUGGAGUCCAUCUCGCAGCCCAGGGCUCUCGUGCUCCAUGGCGCUCAGGAUCUUCGGCUAGAAACCCGACCAAUAGCUCCCCCAGCAGCAGACGAAGUCCAAGUCAUAGUGCGAGCCACCGGCCUUUGCGGUUCAGACCUGCACUACUAUCACCAUGGAAGGAAUGGGAACUUCAUCCUCCGCCAGCCAUUAGUUCUCGGACAUGAAUCUAUCGGUGAGGUGGUUGCCGUUGGGCCGCCAUCUGCAUCUGCUUCAUCACCAUCUUCGCCCUCCUCAGCCCACAGCUUCAGGAUAGGAGACCGUGUGGCCCUCGAAGUCGGCCUGCCGUGUCGAAAGUGUCUUAACUGUCGUCUAGACCGGUACAACAUCUGCCGCUCCCUGAGAUUCCGCAGCUCGGCUGCAGUGUUUCCUCAUGUCGAUGGAACGCUGAUGGAUGCCACUAACCAUCCGGCCGCGAUGUGCCAUAAGCUGCCUCCCUCCAUCUCGGAUGUGCAGGGCGCUCUGCUAGAGCCCCUCGCCGUUUGUCUACAUGCGAUUAAUCGCUCUAACCCACCAACGGUAGAGGACGUAGCACUUGCUAAGUCCGUCGCGGCUGCGAAUGGUGGCGCCGCCGCAGACGGCGAAACCGCGGCGUUGGUUUUCGGGGCUGGCGCCAUUGGCCUGCUCCUCACAUCAGCCCUGGCUAUCUCGCAGCAUUUCACAACCAUCGUGGUGGCAGAUAUUAAUCCGGCGAGACUGGAGAUCGCCUCGUCGCUCCCCUUUUCCUGCAUAAGAACAUUCGUUCUUGAUUGUCCUCGCAGUACAUCUGCGCCACGCCUGCAGAGGAAGAAGACAAGGCUGCAAAGGAUCUGGCGGCAGGUAUACUGCAGUCCUUCGGCUUCGGCCAUGGCUUCUCCCGCGUGUUCGACUGUACGGGCGUCCCCGGCUGCGUACGAGCAGGCAUCUAUGCCUCCUCGGCUGGUGGCGCGGUGGUACAGAUCGGUAUGGGCGGUCCAAGUCUUCCAACCAUCCCGCUGUCUGCCUCGGCGCUGCGAGAAGUCGAUUUGGUUGGCGUCUUUCGCUAUGAUGGUCGCUGCUAUCCGGCUGCCAUAG